AUGGGUGGUCCCUCAGUAGGGCCUCCCAUGCAUGACCCACAUGAGCCCAGUGGUCCACGACCUAUGCCUCAAGGAGCCCUUGCACCCGCACCCUACAAACGAACAAGUGGGCCAUCACAUGGAGGAGGAGGACUGGGGGAGCACCUAAACGCGAAGCCACCGGCCGACCCAUAUGCUGCCCCUUCAUACACCUCAAACUCCUAUCAAGGAGGCAGUUACUCAUCUCCGGCUCCAGCGCCAGCUUCGACGGGAUACAAUUCGGGCUACGGCUCUAAUUAUGGCUACUCAACAGGCCAAGGGGGAUAUGAAAAUUAUAGUUACAGUAAUUCUGGUGGGGCCGGAGACGCGGGCUACGGAGCCAGCGAACCGGCCUACACGGCCCAAGAAUACGACUCGACCAUACGAGCCCGUAUACUCAUACCAACAAUUACUAGUUUAAUAAUAAUCCUUAAUUGA